AUGUCGCAAAAACCCCGAAAGCUCCAACGCGUCUCCAAAGCCUGCGACUUCUGCAACCGGCGCAGCAUUAAGUGCGGCAGAAGUGAAGAUACGCUAGGCAGGUGUCAGAAUUGCGCGGAUUUUGAUGUCCCGUGUACUUUUGAUCGCCCCGCAAAACGCCGGGGCGUGAAGGCUGGCACCAGGGCUCCCUCGCGCGAGACGCCGUUGGUUAGUACGCCUGUCUCCGAGAAUGUCCUCCCUGUACCGCUCGCUGCGCCGGCUACAGGGAGGACAUCAAACUCCUCCGCUUCUAGGAGCUCUUAUUACCCCGACUCCACCUAUCGGCUAUCGUCCACUGCAGAUCCUUGGGCUACGUUCCAUGCCGGAGGUGUGUCAACCGAGGGGUACGAUGAUGACGGUGCACUGCGCAACUCAUGGAAUGCAUUUGCCAUUGCCAGUGACCGUCAGAUCAGGAAUCUCGUGCAAGUGUAUUUUGAGAUAGUAUAUCCUAUCUUCCCCCUUUUCCACAAGCACUCAUUCCUCGAGAGAGUGCACAAUCAAGAGCAUCUGCGGAACCCUGGGCUAUUUGCAUCCACAAUGGCCGUCUGUGCUUUGGUUUCGGGGCGAGCGCGAGAUGGCGCAUUGUUCACGAAUAGAUGGAAUCGCGAUGAGCUUGCGGAACCACCCUCAGAAGCAUUCUAUGCAGCAGCGAAGGACUCUAUACCCCGGGAUCUUGUAGCUGCAAAGGGCAUCAACUAUAUGCGUGCAUGUGCUAUCCUCGCCAUUGCCAGUAUCCAAAAUGGGCAGAUCAAGAAUAUGCAGAAAUACUCUGGUAUGUACCAUACGCUCACUAACAUGGAAGGGCUUCAUGAUGAGAAGCUUUGGCCGAAACACUUGAGUCCCAUUGAGACCGAAGAGCGGCGGAGACUGUUCUGGUCGCUCUAUACGUUAGAUAUCUAUUCCACCAUCGUAUGGGGAGGCGUGAUUCGAUAUCGCGAAGCGCAUUCCCUAGUGCGAUAUCCCAGCGAAAUUGACGAUGAGUUUAUCACACCACAUGGCUACGGCGUCCCGCCCGUCUCUCCAUCAUCGAGUGUGCUCAGCCCGGGCGAUGUGGCUGUUGUCACAAGACAACCCGUCGCAUGGCUUCGGGGGUGGAAUUUCACAACGGAUCUUUAUCGGAUCUUAGAACAUGUUGUGGAUGGCAACCGGCGUCGUUUCUCGUCGGCCAACGGCACCACGCAAGUUUGGCCCUUGUUCACUCCAGCCUCCGUCUCGGAACCAGCAGUGAUGGAACGAGUACUAUCCAUGUACGCUGCCUUGCCCCCACAUUUCAAGGAAACCCCGCCCAUUACAGGCGACAUGGCCAAGGAUCUGUUCGGUUUCCAGUCCGCCAACAUCCAAGCCACAUUACAGCUUCUUCGGAUGGUGCUCUUGUCGGGCGAAGAGCUUGGAGUGGACCGCAAAUGCGACGUGGCCGGAGAACUCCUCAGUGUCUUCAAACAUGUCCCGGUGGAGUAUUUGAAGGCGAUCAGCUCCCCACUUCUUCACCAUCUCGGCGGAAUUGGCUAUAUCCUCGGUUCUGUCAUGGAAGGAAGCUUGUCAGAAGUAUCCUACCAACGGGUCCGCACAUUGCUCCUCGAAAUGGCCGACCUCCUCGGUCGUCUCGAAAUAGGACUCCAGCGGGCAGCAGGUGCCAGCGAACGUCUCCGGUGCCAGGUCGAUCGAAUCGACGGUUACAUGCGAACAUCGCGACUCAUGAAUCUCACAACCGGUCAUCUCCCGCCGCACCCCAAUACAAUGCACAUGGACUCAAAGUCCGAAAUGCCCAUUUCAUCCGCAACAUAUAACCCUUCUGCCGGCCCAGCCAGUGGGCCGAAUCCAGCAGUCGGGCCGCCGCCCAUGGGCGAGCAUAUGAUGCAGUUCCAGCUGCCGCCGGAGCUGCUGUCGGAUUGGCCGUGGCCGCUGGACGGGGCUCAUUCGGAGGGCUUCCUGCCUAUGGCGUUUGAAUAA